CAUCGCCUAGCUUCACUUCACACCUCAUUGACACUCGGCAAGCAUGCUCCGCCAAGCCUCCCUGGCCAUCGCACUCGCAUGCUGCGGCGCAAUCGUAGCCAUUGGUGCUCGCUUUCUCCUGCUGCCCCAGCAAGCAACGGCCGCGUUUGGCGUCACCCCCGGAAACAUCCGCGCCCUGACUGCCAUCAAGGGCGUACGCGACAUCACCUCUGGCAUCGUGCCCCUCGUGGCCUGGUCGAUGGCGGGUCCUCGCGUCUUUGGCUGGAGCAUGCUUGCAGCCUCGCUCACCCCUGUCGGCGAUGCGAUCAUCGUAAUCACAAACGGAGGCGAGCUUGCGCAAGCACUCACUGUCCACGGCGCUACUGCCGCUGUCCUCAUUGCAACCAGUCUCGUUCUCAUACAGACAUAGAUCCGUCUACUUGAUCCUCCAUGCUCCUUCUUGCUCAAGGUGAUUGCUCUUCUGAAACCGCCGCCAAUGCCCAGUACUGCCUUCACUUCUUCCCAGCGCUCUGGCUCACGCUUGCGACGAUGGCACUGCGUUUUCUCGAACAACGCAGGGCAUCUGCUAGCCAGAAGAGGAUACGACCUAGUUUAGCUGCUCCUCACUGGGUACAGGAUCACCUUCCGUAUGUUUCCUGUGCUGUGCUGGAGGCCCUCCCGACAAGAUGCCGAUUUGCAAAUUUCAUAGUCAUGCCGAUGCCACGUGGGG